UUUCUCAUUCAACUGAUCUCGGAGCUGUGCUCCAGUGGGAGCCACAAUGAUAUUUACACUACUUUUAAUUUAUUGUACGUCUUUAGGUAGCGGGUUUGAGAUGAAAUCUAUAUUUUGUUCAAUAUCUGACAGCUGCGACUGUGACUACAAACCAGACAUAAAAGGUUUAGAGUGGGAUCUUUAUAAAAAUCUUUAUGGACAGCAUAUGGCUCAGGACAUUGUCUCAGAAGCGGUGGUGAACUUUUUACAAAAUGAAAACCCAGACAGACCACUAGUGCUGUCUUUCCAUGGAUCAUCCGGGACUGGCAAAAGUCUAGUCAGCUCAAUGAUUGGACGACACAUCUAUGGAACGGCUAUGGGGAGUCCAUACAUCCAUCAGUUUAUUCCCACAUUACACUUUCCUUCAGCCGACAGGGUGCUACAGUACAGGUCAGAUCUAAAGCGACGGGUUGAGAAAAGCCUCACCGCUUGCGCUCGUUCAAUCUUCAUCUUUGAUGAGAUGGAGAAAAUGCCUCCAGGUGUGAUCGACGUUUUAGAACCGCAUUUAGGCCCCUAUCACAUUCUCUUCCAGACCAACUACCGCAAGGCCAUUUAUAUAUUCAUCAGUUCUGCAGGUGAGGAGAUAGUGAACAGAAUUGCAUUAGAGAGUCGUCGGGCGGGUCGAGAUCGAGAGGAAAUUCAGCCUGAUGAGCUGGAGGACAGUAUUGCUGAUGCUGUUUAUAAUAACAAGAACAGUGGGUUCUACCACUCCAGAAUAAUCACAGAAAAGCUUAUCACUCGCUUUGUGCCUUUCCUUCCGCUGCUACGGCGCCACGUGGAGCGCUGUGCCCAGCGGGAGCUCUGCCAGCGGGGCGAGUGCCAGCGUAAAGACGUGGCAUCAGCAGUAGGAGGCGCUAUGAACUACACACCAAAUGACAGCAAGUACUUUUCCAGCACUGGCUGCAAGUUAGUACCAGCUAAAGUAAACCUGUUCCUAUGAGGCCUACAGGAAAACCUCUCUAGGAUCUGAACACGAGGUGGGACAACGAUAGAGCAAAGCUGAGUCAGCGUUAGAUAUGAGGAGACAUGAUGCUAUUAUUUGUGUGCUAAUGAGUUCUGAUGAAGAAUCAAUAAUACAUCCUGCUCUGGCUUGUUCAAAUCGAGCAAUAAGCCAUUAGCUAAUGGAAAUGAAUGAGUAAGUGUCAGUGUGUUUAACUACAAUUUUACUGAUUAUUUAUUUAAUCAUGGCAUGGGAUAUUCGUUAGUGAAACUGAGUGCUGUGUUUGGUGCCGACCACAAGGUGGCAGCAGUGCCUACUUGAAACCAUUUUUGUCCUAUAAUGUUGUUUUCUCCAUAUUUAAAAAGAUCAUAUUAAAUAUGUAAAUGAUGUAUAAAUACUUUCUUUUAGUAUUUAAACGGGUUUGCUUGUUAAACCAGGGAAUAUUAAAUCAAUACAUAUUAGUUCACUGCAAAAAAAUAUCCGUAAAUUAGCAGUUUUCUGGUUAAUGUUUUUAUUUUUCCUCGUUUAUUUAUGCUUUUAAAUUGCAUUAUAGGACUUUGAUCUUCCUUCUGACAGCUUUUAACCUUAAAAGUUUGAUAAAGUGAUUUUUAUUUUAAGUAGUUUAAUGUGAUGUAUUGUCUGGGUUGGUGUUGUAUUUUAUGGUACAAAACCCUUGCCAUGAACUUCCAGUACAACAUCUGUUGUUUUACAGACUUAUUUCUCUAUAGAUUAUUUCUUAUACAUUAUAUUAUCUCCAACUACCAAAAUUUCAAUUAAUCUUUAGUGCUAGUCAAUGUAGAGUUGCAUUUUCAACAUCAAAAGUUGACA